AGCCGUGAGCAGAGGAGCCUGCAUAUGCACCGCAGUGUUAGGAGCGAGGCAGCUCUGAACCGCCUGGCUCAGAGCUGGGAUAAAGCCCCAGCAGAGCUGAGCUGCGGCACAUUGGCCUUGGAGGGAGCUCCACGGGUGAGCUUCUCUGGUGCACCUCGUCUUCGUCAGCUGGCUCUGAGCUGCAGUCAGCACCUGGAGAGCUCGCUCUCUGUCUCCCCACUGCCUCCCGGCCUGCCUUUCCCCACCCAGGCUAGACGAUGGGGAGAGCUGACCCAGAGGAAGGGCAGCUCCCAGCUCCCGUGAAGCCCCCGGAUGGCGGCUGGGGCUGGAUCGUGCUCUUCGGCUGCUUUGUGAUCACUGGCUUCUCCUAUGCCUUCCCAAAAGCCGUCAGUGUCUACUUCAAGGAGCUCAUGAAAGAUUUCCACGUGGGCUACAGUGACACAGCCUGGAUCUCCUCCAUCAUGCUGGCCAUGCUCUAUGGGACAGGACCAGUAUGCAGCAUCAUGGUGAACCAGUUUGGCUGCCGGCCUGUGAUGCUCAUCGGCGGGCUGCUAGCUUCCUCUGGGAUGAUCCUGGCAUCGUUUACCACCAACAUCAUCGAGCUUUAUCUGACAGCUGGCGUGCUGACAGGUCUGGGUAUGGCGCUGAACUUCCAGCCCUCACUGAUCAUGCUGGGCACCUACUUUGACAAGCGUCGGCCUCUUGCCAAUGGACUGGCUGCUGCUGGGAGCCCCGUCUUCCUUUCCUCCCUCUCUCCACUGGGGCAGGUGCUGCUGGAGAAGUUUGGUUGGCGAGGAGGUUUCCUCAUCAUGGGGGGCCUUCUGCUUAACUGCUGCACUUGUGGGGCAGUCAUGAGACCCCUGGAUACGGGCAUGAAGAGGAAGAUGGAGAAGACUCAGGACAAGUAUGAAGCCAAGGAGAUGCUGCCCAUAGGAGGGAAGUCAGAGGAGGGCAUCAGCACCACAGAUGGAACCAAGAAAGCCAAGAAAGCCAAGAAGAAGCCCAAGAAAGGAAAGAAGCUGUUGGAUUUUAGUAUCUUCUCCAACCGAGGGUUUAUCAUUUACACCAUCUCGAAGUUCAUCCUGGUCUUGGGUCUCUUUGUGCCCCCCAUAUUGCUGGUCAACUACGCCAAGGACACGGGAGUACCAGACACGGAGGCUGCAUUCUUGCUCUCCAUCAUUGGUUUCAUAGACAUCUUUGCCCGACCAGCUUGCGGCAUGGUGGCGGGGUUGAAGUGGGUCCGCCCUCACGUGGCCUACCUGUUCAGUUUCGCUAUGCUCUUCAACGGCCUGACGGACAUCUGCAGCGCCAGGGCGAGCAACUACACGGGGCUGGUCAUCUUCUGCGUCUUCUUCGGCAUCUCCUACGGCAUGGUGGGGGCACUGCAGUUUGAGGUGCUGAUGGCCAUCGUUGGCUCCCAGAAGUUCUCCAGUGCCAUCGGGCUGGUCCUGCUUAUCGAGGCAUUCGCUGUGCUCAUUGGUCCCCCCUCUGCAGGCCGCUUGGUUGACGCCCUCAAGAACUACGAGGUGAUCUUCUACCUGGCGGGCUUGGAGGUGGUGCUCUCCGCUCUCUUCCUGGCCGUGGCCACCUACUGCUGCCUCAACCGAGAGAAGAAGACGCCUCCCCCAGAGAAGACCCUGUCGGGGGGUGGUGGUGGGAGCGACACUGAAGAAGCAGAGUCCGACGUGCAGGAAGCUGAGGAGCACAGCAGCGACAACCACCAGCCGGCCCACAGCACCGACAACACCAUGGUAGCAGCCAGCGAGGAGGCCAACCAUGUGGAGGACGAGCAGAGCGGGGAGGGAGGCAGGUGUCCCGAGGGGGACAGGGAGGUGUUGGCACAAGCUGGCUGCAACGCUGACCAGACGGUGGAGAGGGACAGUUUUUAGCCAGGGCAGAGGAACGGGGACGUAAAAUGGCUGGCCUGGUCUGCAUGUAACUUGGCCUGGGAGGGGAGGUGGGAUGUGGGGUGGAAAAAAAACAAGGCAAAAGCAGGUUUAAGAAGAUGGCGAAAGUCUAAGAAUAGCGGGUCCUUGUGUACAUAUGCUCACAUACCUACUCAGUGAUAUACCUACUUGUGUCCUGCAUCCGUGCUGGUAUAACACAGGCUCAGAGCAGCCCAAGCACCAAAAUCUUCCCGCCCACCUCCAAAACAGCCCUGGAAAAUGUAUUCUGAAGAGGCUGCAAAGGACUCUUCUUUUCCUUCUGCAUUGUCAUAAUACAGCACACU